CGCUCUCCUGCGCUCCAAGAUGGCGGCGCUGUCCAGCUCCCCCUCGGCCCCGGGCAUCGGCCCGCCUGGCUACCGGCCCUUCGAGCCCGAGGCGCUGGGCCUGGCCCCGGGCUGGCGGCUCACGGGCUUCGGGGAGCUGCGCGGCUGAGGCUGCAAAGUCCCGCAGGAGACGCUGCUCAGGCUCCUGGCGGGACUGGGGGGGCCGCGCGCGGGGCUGGCGGCGGCCGGGGCGGAGGGGGGGCCCGAGCCCGGGGGGCCCUCGCUGGGCAUAGGGCUGGACUCCUGUGUCAUUCCGCUCAGGCAUGGGGGUCUCUCCCUUGUACAGACCACAGACUUCUUCUACCCACUGGUUGAGGAUCCCUACAUGAUGGGCCGCAUCGCCUGUGCCAAUGUGCUGAGUGAUCUCUAUGCCAUGGGCAUCACCGAAUGCGACAACAUGCUGAUGCUGCUGAGUGUCAGCCAGAAAAUGACAGAUGAGGAGCGUGAAAAGAUUAUGCCACUGAUCAUCAAAGGCUUCCGGGAUGCGGCGGAGGACGGCGGGACGUCAGUGACAGGCGGGCAGACUGUGUUGAAUCCCUGGAUCAUCGUCGGGGGCGUUGCUACUGUGGUGUGCCAGCCCAACGAAUUCAUCAUGCCAGACAGUGCAGUUCCCGGAGAUGUGCUGGUGCUGACCAAGCCCCUGGGCACGCAGGUGGCUGUCAACGCUCAUCAGUGGCUGGAUAAUCCGGAGAGGUGGAAUAAGAUUAAGCUGGUGGUGUCCAAAGAGGAUGUGGAGCUGGCCUACCAGGAAGCCAUGUUCAGUAUGGCCAUGCUGAACAGGACAGCUGCCAGUUUGAUGCACACUUUCAACGCUCACGCUGCCACCGACAUCACGGGCUUUGGGAUCUUGGGCCACGCACAAAACCUGGCCAAGCAGCAGCGCAGCGAGGUCUCUUUUGUCAUCCACAACUUGCCCAUCAUCGCCAAGAUGGCUGCCAUCAGCAAGGCCUGCGGGAAUCGUUUCGGGCUGCUGCAGGGGACGUCCCCAGAGACAUCAGGGUAUGUCUGCACUACGAGAUUACUCCGAUUUUACAGAAACCGGUAUUUGGAAACAGCUUAUAUAAAGUCGAGUGCACAUGGCCACACUAAGCACAUUAAUUCAGUGGUGUGCGUCCAUGUACCAAGGCUAGCGUCGAUUUCCAGAGCGUUGCACUGUGGCAAUCAGAUCCAGUAUCUCCUGUAUGGUCCAUGCUGGAGCUCUUUUUGGAUUUGGGACUGCAUGGUCACCUGUGCUGAUCGGCGCUCCACGCUGGGCAAACAGGAAAUGAAAUUCAAAAGUUCGCGGGGCUUUUCCUGUCUACCUGGCCAGUGCAUCCAAGUUCAGAUUGCUGUUCAGAGUGGUCACAAUGGUGCACUGUGAGAUAGCAACGGUAUUGGCCUCCUGGCGCUGAGAUACCAUCAGACCCCUCCCAUCCUCCUGUCUGUAGAGAGGGGAAGCUGCACUCAGCUGGUGGAGAGUGUGUUAAAAAAGAAGCAAAAAUCCCCCUCUCUCACACAUCUGUAAGAAAAUAGUGCGCUGUUCCUUGCAGUCAGUUCUUCACACUGCUGGGACAAUGCAACAGGUGGUAAAAGGCCCUAAAAGGGAGCCAGUGACGAUGCACCUGAAUGUGCUGGAGGAGUUGGAAUCACCACACCAGCAGAGCACAUCCUGCUGCCCCAUGGGAAGGCCUUAGUGCUGCAGCUGUUCUGAAUGGGGGCUGUAUUUUGCUUUUGAGUCCCUCUGUGUAAUCCUGUUAAGUCCAAUUUAGCCUGUAGCCUGAUCUCGGUUCCCCCUGCCUCCAUGUGUUGGUGUCACCCUGGUUUGGCAUAAGAAUGGCCAUAGUGGGUCAGACCAAAGGUCCAUCUAGCCCAGUAUCCUGGCUUCUGACAGCCAAUGCCAAGGGCCCCAGAGGGAGUGAACAGAACAGGAAAUCAACUGAUCCAUCCCAUCGCCCAUUCCUCGCUUCUGGCAAACAGAGGCUAGGGACACAAUCCCUGCUUGUCCUGGCUAAUAGCCAUUGAUGGACCUAUCCUCCAUGAAUUUUUCUAGUUCUUUUUUGAACCGUUAUAAGUCUUGGCCUUCACAACAUCCUCUGACAAAGCGUUCCACAGGUUGACUGGGGGUUGUGUAAAGAAAUACUUCCUUUUCUUUUAAACCUGCUGUUAAUUUAA